AUGGCUAACUCCAGAUUCGAAUAUGUCAAGCAAUUCGAAAGGGAAAACUUUCUUCUACCGCAGACGCACAUUGUGAUUCGUGUCGAUGGAAAAGGUUUUCAUAAAUUCAGCUCCUAUUACGAAUUUGACAAGCCUAAUGAUCUUCGGGCACUCAAUGUGAUGAACCGUGCUGCUUUGGCCAUUGUGAAGCAAUUUCCCGAUAUUCAAAUGGCCUACGGUGACUCGGACGAAUAUCUGUUCCUACUAAGGCGAACCUGUGACUUGUUUGAGCGAAGAGAGAUGAAGUUGGUCUCCACAUUUGCUCUGUUUAUGCUGGUUUACUAUGUGAUGGAAUGGAAUUUAGAGUUUGCUGACAAGCCUAUUGUCAUGGAAAGGCUCCCGACUUUCGAUGCUCGGGCUGUUGUGUAUCCCAAUGCACAAACAGUACGAGAUUACUUCUCCUGGCGACAGGUGGACUGCCAUAUCAAUAACCUAUAUAACACCUCAUUCUGGAGCUUAAUCGAGAAAUGUGGUAUGACGGGACAGGAGGCCGAAAACUCCCUCCUGGGCACUGUUUCCAGCGAUAAGAAUGAGAUACUUUUCUCCAAGUGUGGGAUCAACUACAACAAUGAACCCGAAAUCUUCAAGAAGGGUACAGUAAUAGUGAGGGAAUACCAGGAACUGCAAUCAACGACUGAUCUUUCGGAGAGGCAGAAACAGAGAGUAUCCAAAGCUCGCAAGAAGGCCCAAGUCAAGACACUUCAUGUCGACAUUAUCAAGGACACAUUUUGGGAGGAAAGGCCGUGGCUUUUGGAAUGA